UGGAGUCAUUCUUCUCCUUCUACCGUCACAUGCAUUCCAGGGACCAAACUCACGUUGCCAGGCCUGUGUAAGCCUUUACCUAGUGAGCUAUCUUUUCAGCCCCUGGAAUUUUAUUCAGCAGUUAAGGAGGCUGAGGCCCUGAGCGCUCUUGAGGAGGAUGAGUUUGGCAGCCACAGGGAGGUUUUCAUUGUACCUCCCGACAACGACUCUGGGGACUUCACUGACGAGGAUUCUGGGAGGAAGACAGUGGCUGGAAUGGUGCCCAGCUGCCUGACCGGGUGCUGCAUGCUUCAGUCGUGUCUGAGGACUCAGACCCACCACGAGGGGGAACUAUGACAAGUCAGAGCUGCAGCCAGCCAAGAGAAGGUGGAAGUCAGCAGUGGAGACUCAACGGGUUUGGACCAAGAGAGACAUCUGGCCAGACUUUGGUAGCUGAACAGCCUCAGAUCCUCAUAUAGAGGACCUCAAAACCAAGGAGCUGAGUCCUGUGGGCCUCUUGGAACUGUUUUUUGAUGAUGGGACAAUCAGUUUCAUUGUUAAUGAAGCCAACCAUUAUGCUCUACAGAAAAACAUCACCCUCGAUCUCACAGCCCAGGAACUGAAGUGUGUUUUGGGCAUCUUGAUUUUAAGUGGGUACGUCUCUUUUGGGAGACAACUCCUGACUCACAUCGCCUUGUGGUUGAUGCUAUUAGAAGGGACAAAUUUGAACUGAUCUUCUCAUACCUGCUUUUGCAGGUAAUAGUGAACUCAAUGAAAGCAGUAGGUUUGCCAAGGUCAGGCCCCUUGUCGUCUGUAUGAACUGUAACCUCCAGAAGCAUGCGUCCCUGGAAGAGUUCUACAGCUUUGGUGAAUUCAUCUGUGAAUACUUUGGGCACCAGCGGUCCCAGCCGCUGCACUCGGGGCCAGUCCGGCUAGGCUACAAGAUGUGGGGUGGAACGACCAGCAGAGUCUGCCUAGUGUGGUUUGAACCUUCACAGGGCAAUCUGUUCACCAAGCCAGAACAGGGCUUGGAUAUAGGAGGCAGUAUGGUGGUCAGAUUUGUGGACGCACUUCAGGAGCAUGGCCUGCCAUAUCACACACUUUUUGACAAGGUCUUUACAAGCAUCAAACUGAUGUCCAUUUUGAGGGAAAAGGGGGUGAAGGUCACAGGAACGGUUUGUGAGUGCAGAACUGAGCGUUGUCUCCUCAAGGAUCCCAAAGAACUGAGGAAAAUGAAAAAGGGCUCGUUUGACUUCAAGGUGGACAAGAGCGAGGACAUCGUUGUGUACUGCUGGCACAACCACCGCGUGGUGAACAUCUGCUCCAAUGCGGUGGGCACAGCGCCAGUGAGGCUGACCAGCCGCCGCUUGGGGGCAGCCAAAGCUCGGGCACAGGUCCACCAGCCAUCACUGGUGAAGCUCUAUCAGAAGGCCAGACGGGGUAACCGGUUGGACCAGAACAUCGCCAAGUACAAGGUGAAGAUUCGCCACAUGAAGUGGUACUUGAGCUUCGUCAGCUACGUCAUCGACACAGCCCUCAACAAUGCGUGGCAGCUGUACAGGGCGCGCUGCCAGGACACGCGGGUGGACCUCCUCGCCUUCCGCAGGUACGUGGUGGUACGCGUGUAUCUGGAGAGCAAUGUGGACACUUCCUCACCGAGGAGGCGGAGCCGGAGGGUGGAAACUGAGAGCCGCUAUAUGAUUGGACACUGGAUUGUCCAUCAGGACAAGAGGACCCGGUGUGCCCUCUGCCACUCACAGACCAUCACCCGCUGUGAGAAGUGCCAGAAGGGUGUCGAUGCCAAGUGCUUCGGGAGUACCACAUUCCCUGAGACCCGAGACCUGUCUUCUCUAGCUAUAGUGACAUCACUGGGACCAUUUGCAGCUUUGUGGUGCUUUUGACGCCAAUCACUGAUGACUUAGUUUUGUAUUCUCUCCUGGGCCCCUUGGAGGCAUUUCGGUGGGAUCUGGACAGGUUUCCUGGAACUCCGGAGUCACAGAAUACUGAGUGUUACACAGCUC